AUGGCACCAACCAACACUGCACUAAGUCCAGACUCGAUCCUCGAUCUCGUGGCCAAAAGUCUGCCACCAUCAUCCUCCGAAUCUGACACCCGAAUUCUGAAAGAUGCGUACUCGGCAAUCGCCAUUUUCUGUCACAGCUGCAUGCUAGCCGUGGGCUUCAAGUUGGUAGGACUAGGGGAAGGUCACAAGAUUGAGGCACAAUCAGACCCGCAAGACGUGUCGCCGUUGCCAGCAGAAUGGAAUGCCUCCAGCUCUUAUGCAUUCCGCUACACACAUCCGCAAUCGUCGAUGGAGUUCCUCGUCAAGGUGACGCGACUCGGCAGUAAAGCCAUCGUCAAUGGCGUUGGGCUCGGUGAUGACAAGACUGCGUCCUUUGAGAUCAAAGCCGCCGACUGUACCUCAGAGGGCUCCUUAGCGGAGGAGAAAUCGUCUGGCGACACAAAAUCUGGGCUUCGAAACAUCUUCAUAUCUAACGGCCGUAUCACAGACCUAGCCGAAUUGUUCAGAUCCAGCAUCAUUCAAAAGCUGGCUCCCGGCAUCCACAAAGCUGGUUACGAAGACACAGAAAGCACUACUCAGACCCAGAGAUCAAUACGUCCCGAGACAGCUCCGCGAGAAGAUCGGGAUCCAUUACGUGACGAUCAGCCUCGACCAGCACGACCAUAUCCCUUCGAUGAUCCACUUGCUGCCGCUCCUCGAAGACCUGUUGGGCCUGCUCCUGACUUCGCGCCGCCUGGAUUUGAAGAUGAGUAUGAGCUGAACAGACCUGCAAGAGGGAUGCCUAGGGGUGCAGAGCCAUUUGGACGAAUUGGUGAGCAGGACCUAUACCCACCUGGCCUUGGUCCACAUGAUCCUUUACGCAUGGGGCCAGGCGGCGGAGGGUUUCGUGGAGGCGGCGGAAUGCAUCCUACAUUCGACGAUCCGAUGUUUGCAGGUCAAGGUGGUGGCCAAGGUUACGAUCCUCGCGCUCCUCCAGGCGCUCGAUACGAUCCCAUUGGUCCUGGAGACGGACCUCCAAAUCUGAGAGGCGGUCCCAGAUUUCCGGGAGGAGGUGGUGGCAGGUUUCCUGGUGGAGGUGGUGGCGGGAACCCGUUUGGUGGCUUCGGGAGCGGCGACUUCAUCUGA